ACAUACCAGGAAGUGUGGAGCGUGAGCGUGAGACUGCACUUUGACGUGAGCUGGAGCUAUCGAGCUUUACAAGAGUUUAGCUACUUCCCAUCGGUGACAACCUCACAAUCAAAGAUGGUGGACUCCCAGUACUUCCUACCAAAUGACAUCGGCAUCUCUGCUCUCGACUGCGCCGAGGCUUUUCGCUUGCUCUCCCCGCAGGAGAAGAUGUAUGCCCACUACCUGUCACGCGCUUCCUGGUAUGGAGGCCUCGCUGUGCUCCUGCAAACAUCCCCGGAGUCGCCAGUCAUCUUCGUCCUGCUGCAGAGGAUCUUCCGAAAGCAGUCACCUGCGCAGCUGGAAGCUGUAGCGACAGCAGCCGGACUGAGCUCAGAGGAGUACCAAGCCUUCUUGGUGUAUGCAGCAGGUCUCUAUGCCAACAUGGGAAACUACAAGUCUUUCGGAGACUCCAAGUUUGUCCCAAAUUUGCCAAAGGACAAGUUGGAUGCACUGGUGAGGGCCAGCCAGGCAUUUCAGGAGGACCCCACUGAGACGGGUGCUCUCUGGGACAGUUGCUCAUGUCUCAUCUACUCCCUGAAGGACAAACAGAAACAACUGGGCCUCGGUGACAAAGGGAUUACCACCUACUUCUCUGGAAACUGCUGUAUGGAAGAUGCUGAGCUGGCUCAAAAGUUCCUUGACUCGAAGAAACUGUCUGCUUACAACACCCGGCUGUUUAAAAGGGAAAAUGGCGAGAAAACCUGCUACGAGGUGCGCUUGGCCUCAGCUGUGAAGAAAGACACCACAGUGGAUGGCGAGUGUGAAUCCUGCUGCGGGUGCUUUGACUUUGAGGGAAAAGAGUUCUCAGUGAAAAGGGGGGACUAUGCUCCACUUAUGGAGAGGGUCUGUUAUUAUCUUCAGAAGGCUCAGGCCCACGGUGCCAAUGAGAAUCAGAAGAAGAUGCUUGAAGAGUACAGGCAAAGCUUCACCUUGGGCUCGGUGGAAGCCCACAAGGAGGCCUCACGCUACUGGAUCAAAGACAAGGGACCAAUUGUGGAGAGCUACAUCGGCUUCAUUGAGAGCUACAGGGACCCCUUUGGCUCCAGAGGAGAGUUUGAAGGAUUCGUGGCAGUCGUGAACAAGGCGAUGAGCGAGCGCUUUGCCAAACUCGUGAGCUCGGCAGAAGUGCUGCUCCCCGAGCUUCCCUGGCCAAGGGAGUUUGAGAAAGACACUUUCCUUAAACCGGACUUCACUUCGCUCGACGUCCUCACCUUCGCUGGCAGCGGCAUUCCAGCUGGCAUUAACAUUCCCAACUAUGAUGACAUCAGACAGUCGGAGGGCUUUAAAAAUGUUUCCCUAGGAAAUGUGCUGGCCGUGGCUUACUCUACAAACAAAGAAAAACUUACAUUCUUGGAGGAAGAUGACAAGGAUUUGUUUGUCAAGUGGAAGAGUCCAUCAUUUGAAGUGCAAGUCGGCCUGCAUGAACUGUUGGGACAUGGAAGCGGCAAGUUGUUCGUCCAGGACAACAAGGGAAACUUCAACUUUGAACAGAGCAAAGUGAUCAACCCAGAAACUGGCGAGCUGGUUUCCAGUUGGUACCAAGACAACGAGACUUGGGAUAGUAAAUUCUCCACCCUCGCCUCCUCUUAUGAAGAAUGCAGGGCAGAGUGUGUGGGACUCUAUCUGUCUCUGAACAAGAAAGUAAUCAGUAUUUUUGGUCAUGAGGGCCAGGAUGCAGAGGAUGUGGUCUACGUGAACUGGCUGAGCAUGGUGCGAGGGGGUCUGCUGGGCCUGGAGUUUUACACGCCUAAGAGCAAGACAUGGAGACAGGCUCACAUGCAGGCUCGUUUCGUGAUCCUGUGCGUGCUGCUGGAGGCUGGUGAGGACCUGGUCGGCCUGAAGGAGGUCACGGGAGCCGACGGCAAACCCGACGCUCGCAUCACACUUGACAGGAGCAAGAUCCACACUGUCGGAAAAGAAGCCAUCCACAGGUUCCUUUGUAAAUUGCAGGUCUUCAAGUCGACAGCAGAUGUAGAAAAAGGCCGAGCCCUCUAUGAGGGCUACUCUACCGUGAAUGAGGGCGGGGCACACAAUUUCCUGCGACUUCGUGAUACGGUGCUGCUGCGGAAGGAGGAUCGCAAGAUGUUUGUCCAAGCCAACACCAAAAUCAGUGAAGAGAGUGUUGAGCUAGUGGAGUACGAAAGCAGCACAUCAGGCUUGAUUCAGUCCUUCGUCGAGCGCUUCCAAGACAACGACAAACUUGAGGCCGACCUCUUGGAGUUGAGCAGAGUGGAUUCUUCCUGUUGGUGUUGAUGGAAGGACGGGGCGGUUUCCCCCUCAAUUUUACUUUUGUGGCGUCUUAACUGGUCUUCAUUACUGACUUAACCAUUCACCACAUCGUAGAGAGUCACAUAACUAGAACAGAUCUACUGUAGACAAAACAACAGCACUGGUCCAGAGUUGGCAUUACACACAAAACCUGUAUUUCAGAUUUGCUGACUUACAACAAAACACGAUUCUAUGUGAAUGACUGGGUCAAAAACAUGUAUUGAUGUAAGUUGUCUAUCUUGGUGGUUAAUUUUACAUUUAGACUGUUAAAACACUGCCAUAGCUUCUAAUUAUAGACUGAAGUCAAAACAAUGAAAUGCAUUUCCGCCUCAUUGGCGUAUUAUUUACUAAGGAUCUGAAACAGAAAAUAGUGAAAAUAAAAUGUUUGAUAAAACUUG